CUGUUGUUGUUGCUAUCAUAAAGUUGGAAAAUCACAAUAUGGCGGAAUGGCUGGUCCGUCUCCUAACAAACGCUUAAUGAAAGAGCUUAACGAUCUUUUGUUAGGAGCACCACCUGGUAUCAAAAUUGAUAAGUAUGAUAUCGAAAAAGACAUCAGAAAAUGGAUUAUAACUCUUGAAGGUGCCCCAGGUACAUUGUAUGAAGGGGAGGUGUUCAAGCUUCAAUUUACUUUUGGAAAUAGAUAUCCAUUUGAUUCACCUCAAGUUGUGUUUGUGGGCACAAAUGUUCCGAUCCAUCCACAUGUUUACAGCAAUGGGCACAUCUGCUUAUCAAUACUGACGGAAGAUUGGACCCCCGCCAUGUCAGUUACAUCUGUUUGCUUGAGUAUUGUCAGCAUGCUCAGCAGCUGCACAGAAAAGAAACUGCCUCCAGAUAAUACAAUUUAUGUGAAAACUGCAAGUAAGAAUCCAAAGAAUACAAGAUGGUGGUUUCAUGAUGAUAAAGUUUGAAGCAACAGAUUGGUAUUAUGUGUUAUGGCAAUUUGUAAUGGAGGUGCUAGCUUGGCACGUUUUUGGACGAAACUAAGUUAAUGUAGAAAAAGACAGACAGAAAUAGAUGAGAGCUUUGGAAAUUUUAUUUUAGCUAUUUUACUCACGUUAUUUGUGUAGAAUCAACUAAAAUAUUUUUAGUAUAAUUAACUAUUAUUUGACACGUUUCAAACAGAAAGUAAUUUCACUAAAUGUAAUAUUGUUUUGAUGUCCCUCAAUAUGAAAUAUACAUCGUUUUCCUCAGACAUGUAGAAAACUUGCAUGUAGAAAGACACUACCUAUAUAUGUAGUCAGUAGCGGCUUGCAGCAGUACUAGUGGUACCAGUUUAGUACCGUUUUAUUUUGAAAGCUUGAAAUGCUUUUGUAUUUUAUGAUUUUACUUUCUUCUAUGAUAAUUGAAUUAAUGUCAAAAAAAGGAAGAGCAGCGAAAUACACCAUAUCCUAAAUCUGAAUUUCUCAUUGAAAGAUUAGCAUUGACUGUGUGUUAAUGUACACCACGGUACUAGACCUCAUUCAUCCAGUACUGCAGAAGUUUGUCCUAUUGUCAUCUGUGACUCAACGUGAUGUAAAACUGUUUGUCAUUCGACAAUCCAGCAAUGACAAAAUCGUUUGCAGUACAAGAUUCCUCUUUCUAGUGAUAAAAUGCUGUGAGACCAUUUAACCUCUGCAGCUAGCAAUAUCACAUGACGUCAAACAAACCGAGAUAUUUUAUGAAAACUUCUGACCUGCCAUCAAAAGUUUUCCAGAGACCAUGCCAAUGCAUCAUCCUUCCUCUAGCUGUUUUGCUCUGCUAAAAAUUUUUUGCUUUGCUAGUACUAUCUUAUUUUGGUGCCAGCCGCCACUGUAUGUAGUCGGGUUUGAUGUAUUAUGCUUUGAGUUUUUUACUUUUGUAGCAACUUUUUGCUCGUAUAAAUCUUGAAGGCCAGGUAAAA